GUUGAGUGACAGGAGGAUUGAAAGCAGCCUAAGGGUUACCAUUCGCUGAGCGCUUUGAGUGUGCUCAGUCCUCAAGUGUGCAUGUCGCCACGUGGUAUAUAGGGGCCACGCUGUAAUGAGCACCAUCAUACACAAGGGAACUGAGUCUCGGCGCACUGAUGUGAUCAGCCCAGGCCAUACAGCAGGUGAGUGGCGGCACCAGGACCCUCGAGCAGGUCUGUCUGACUCCAAAGCUCUGCUCGAAACCACUGUGCCCCACUUCCUCCCAGGGCAGCCCGACGGUACGGCUUCGCCACAUCCGAUCUCCUGUAGCCUGCACUGAGUCCUCACUUUCUUCCUGGCAGUGAGAACAGGACCCUGCUAAGUCACAGAGCGCCAUCACUGGCAAAGUCCCCAAUCCUACCCUUGGCUUGUGACUUGGUGCUUUAAACAGCUUGGGGAAAAAAGUCUUUUUCUUAUCUCCCUUUUUCAUCCCUCACGUUUCAGGAAUUUCCUUUAAAUGAGGGAGUGAUAGAGGAGAGCGGAGCUGUGUUCUUUCAUUUUAAGGGUCUGGCACCGUGAAAGGGCACUUUACCCAGCAGGAGACGUGAUAGAAGGAUUCCAAUUAGGCACGUUUGCAGGGUCAUGUGAUACCAGAGAGGGGGUGGAGGUUCUGUGAGUGCUCAUCCCCAACACCUGGAAGGCAAUCAGUCCUACGGGUUGCAUCAGGUCAAGACAGCUCCAGGGUAGGGACCUGUUUUUCCUUAAGCUGUUACUCUGCUCAUAAAGCAAAGAAAUGUCCUCACUGGCCAAGAUCUCAAGCAGUUUUCCACCAGGAAGGGUCACAUUAACCAUAGUAAUUACCUGUGAUGUAAGUCCAUAAAGAGUACUUGCUCAAACAUGAAGUCCACAUUAACUUUUCCAGUCAACUCUAAAAUACAUCCUGACGUGGGAUUUUAUGCUCACUGGUCGUUAGAGAGCCGUAAUGACGGAGAAAGAGGCUGGACCGUUGUGACAUUUUAGAGUCAGAGGUCUGGGUCCUGUGUCUUUCAGCCUCUUCAGCUUCCCUAUCUCACAACGGAGACAGUUGCUGGGUUAGUCUAAGCAUUAAUUCAACAGUGAUUCUGAAAGUGCUUUGUGUCUAUAAACUGCUGUUCAUAUGGCAGUGUUGUUAUGGUUUUGGUGGAUUUCUAUGCAGAUGCAUAGGCUGAAUAUACUAGGUCAGAUGAAAAUAUUCUAGAACCAGGGCCCACGUGACGGGAUGCAGAAGCGAACUCCGCCUGCAGCAACGUCGUCACUCAGAGUGAGAUGAGUAACAGGACACACAGUGGUGGCAGCAACAAGUGCAUGUGAAUGCAUACCGGCUCCAGGCCUCUCUACACAUUAUCUCACUUAACCCUCAUAACAUGGUCAUAAGGUAGGUGUUACUCUCUUUAUGCUGAUAAGAAAUGCAUAGAUAAAUGAAGCUAUUUCCCUUGUACAGUUACUUUGCAGAGGGUCCCAGUUUUACCAUGUAAUUUUGGUAUAAACUUGACCAGCUACAGAGUAUAUGAUGAAUUGUGUUUAAUGUUCAUUACACUUACUAAUUUAGCUAAGAAGGCAAGAACGACCCAUUAUACACUACGGGGGCACGGUGAGCUCAGCGGCCUUCUUGUGUGAGUUUUUAUGUUAUUCUUCCUGUGAAGUCCCAGGUGAUUGCUGUACAUUGUCCUGGCUGGCUUGUGCUGGCUGUCCCCACUCCUCACAGGCCCAUUUCCCACCCUGUGCUGCCUUCCUCUGUGGCAAGAGGUGAACCCUGCAAACUGUAUCACCCAGGACCUCCUCCUGGCUGCCCUCCACUCGCGUUAGGCUCCUGGAAGAUGCUGUCCGGAAGUCAGAAGGUGGGAGAAGAGAAUCCUUGAGUUUAUCAUGCUAUUGCCUUCCUGCUUUGGUGAUGCUUAUCUGUCAAUAGCUGUGGCUCCUCCUUGUGGCUCCUGCUGGGCGGCUUCUCCUGUGCGGUUCUAAUUUUCACUGGGCUCUAGGACAGGACUUCCUCGCUCCCGCAUUGGCCCUGGAGGAGGUAAUGGCUCCCUGCUGGUGCUGGCGUUGGGAGGCAGCAACAUCACUCAUGUGGUCCCCUAACCUGGACCUCUACCAGCAGUGCCUUCAUUCAAGACUCUUCAUCUGAACCACCCAGAAUAAGUUUGGUUUCCUACGGGAUUCUGACUGACACACUCACUGAAUAUUGAAAGUAUUCUACAUGUUCUGGCAUAAAGUAACUACUCGAAUUUCUACUGAAGGUAUAGGUUUGCCAAUCUGGAUAACUGCCCUGUGUUAGCCUCAAAACCCAGGAAAUAUCGCUCUUGACAUCAAUUUGCUUGGAAGAGAGAGGAGUAUAUCGAGUAGUUCUAAUCUGAAUAAGCAAAAGAAUAGUUCUGAGAUAGCACUGUUUCAGAUUUGUGGGUCUUCUAAUAACAUGAGGACUGUGCUCAUGAGGAUUAUUAUUCAUAAUAUAUAAAGAACUACUACAGAUUAACAAGAAAAGUAACUCAAUUUUAACAUGGACAUUGUUAAACAUGAGGACUGUGCUCAUGAGGAUUAUUAUUCAUAAUAUAUAAAGAACUACUAUAGAUUAACAAGAAAAGUAACUCAAUUUUAACAUGGACAUUUCACGGAAGAAAAAAUAUGUAUGACCAAUAAACAAUAGAAAGGGUGCUCAGCCCUGGCUGGUGUGGCUCUGUCAGCUGGGUGUUGUCCAAUGGACCGAAGGGUUGCUGGUUUGAUUCCCAGUCAGGGCGCAUGCCUGGGUUGCCAGCCAGGUGCCCAGUAGGGGUCGUGCUAGAGGCAACUGAUCCAUGUUUCUCUAGCACAUUGAUGGUUUUCCCCUUUUUGUUCUCCUUCCCUCUCCCCUCUUUCUAAAAGUAAACAAAUGAAACCUUUUUUAAAAAAAAAGAAGAGGCGCUCAAUCUCACUAGCAAACAAAGUCCUCAGUGAGAUAUUUUCACACCACCAUAUUGGCAAAAAUCGAAAAGUAUGGCUAAGCAUUGGCAAGGAUAUGAAACAACAGGAAAUCUCAUAUGCUGCUCAUAGGGGUGUAAACUGCUACAACCUUUUGGCAUUAUUUAUUGGUACUGAAUAUCCUGUAUCCUUGACCCAGAAAUUUCAUGCUCUAGAGAUACACUUGCAUAGAUUUCCUGGGAGACAUAUAUGAGAACACUUUUAGUAGCACUGUGGGUAAUAGCAAGAACUAGAAACAAUCCAAUGUCAUCAAUGGAAAAUGGCUAAAUAAAUUUUGGUAUAUUGACACAUGAAAUACUAUGCAAGAAUGAAAAUGAGUGAAUUGUAGCUAUACAUAUCACCAUAAAUGGGUGUAGACAGUGUUGAGAAAAAAGAAAGUAGUGAUCAGUAUGUACAAGGUGAGUCCAUUUAUAUAGAGUUCAAAAGCAAGCAAAACUUAACAAUAUAAUAUUUAGGAUCAAAAAAUGUUAAAACAUGAGCAUGAUUAACGCAGCAUUUAAAUAAGUGGUUACCUCUUCUGGGGAGGAAGGGAAUAGCAUUUAGCAGGGUCAGCGGGUACCUCAGGUAUUGGUAAUGUUCUAUUUCUUGUUUGGGAAGUGGGCACAUGAGUGAUCAUUGAAUUUUUUUAUAUUGUUUAUCACUCAAAAAUAUUUUUCUGUGUUUUAUACAUUCCUUUGUGUACACUCCUUUGUCUGAUGUGACUCACAAUUUUAAAUGUUUUUUUUUAAUUCAGGUUCUACUGUCAAAUUCCCGGGACUUGAAUUCCAGCUCUGCCACUCACUAGAUUUGCAGCCUGUGCAAGUUAACUGACCUCCCUGUGCACCUGUUAGAUGAGGAGAAAAUAAUACCAUGGGUGGUGAGGAUGAAAGGAACUAAUACAGUGAAGUCAGGACUAUGUCUGGUACAGAGUACAUGCUCAGUAAGUGGCAGCUGUACUAUUCAGUUGUCCUGGUGUGUACCUCAGACCUGAGGGGACCCUGCUGCUUUGCUGAGACUUUGGGACUGUUACGUGACUUGCCCAAAGCUCUACCAGUCACUGGCAGUUCCUGUGCACCUCACUCAUCUCAUUAUUCUUUUGAGUGCUCUUUUCUCUAAGCUUCAUGAGUAGAGAGAGUUUUUUGUUUUGUUUUGUUUUUUAACUUUCUCACUUUUCAUAAGUUUGCUGUUUAAUCCAGGUUACCUGCACUUUACAAUCUGUAGUAUUGUUGCUCAGCACAAAGCAGGGAUCUUCGGGAUCUUCCAGAAGGGCUCAACCCAGGCUUAGUUCCUUAAGUGGAUACAGAUCUCCAUCUCUUUGUUUGUUCAUUCAACAUUUAUUAACCUGAGCAUAUCUCCGUCACUGGAUUUACCAGGUUGUCUCAUAACUGUGUUUGUGUUUCCCUUCCCCCACUGAACCACCACCUUCUGAGCAGAAGGCUGCAAAUAGCCCAAGUUCCUGCUUUUGUGGAGUCGAGGAUCUAGUUAGGCAGAGAUGGGUGUGUGUGGGCAGAUGAUAAUUAUGUAAAUAAAUCAGAUACAUGUGGAUGGGCGACCAGUGCUAUGAGGAAAACAAAUUGGGAAAAGGGAGAGACAAUAUUUGGUAGUUUAUUUUCCUAAUGGAGGAGAAGCCUAGAUGAUGCGAACAGACCUUAUUUAAAAAUAAACUGCCCCUCUGAAAAAAAAAACAACGGGCUUAACGUUUUCUCUGCUGGCCCCAAGAGGCGGACACAUGUGCUUUACCAACAAUCAGUGGUCAAUACCCAGUCGCCCCCAGAAGUGACUGACUUCACUGGGGAUGCCAACCUACCUGCCUGUUGGGUUAGGACUGUUCCAAGGAAUGAAUUAGCAGAUAGACAGGAACAGAAAAGUGACGUGACUAACAGAAGCUGAGUGGGGCUGGAGCCUGCACCGGCAAGUGGUUUCUGAAAACAAGGAAGGAAAUGACUAGAAUUCAGGGCCUAAGUAGGACUCAGAGCACUGCCAAGAGCUGGCCUGCUGGGCGCUGCGGGUGAUUCCAAGAAUCUGCACACAUGUGCGCAGUAGCCCAGGCCUGAGAAACAACGGAGUUGCCAAGGCUGGGGCCCGUCUGCCUGAUGCAAUUGGGUGCACUUGCCCUUCAGAGCUGUGUUUGCUUGUGCGGUGCCCCCGUCUGUGGCACUUUCACACUGAUGGGAAAAGGCAGGGGUGCAACUUACAGGCGACCCAUCGGCAUGAACCCAAGGGCAGUGGUUGGGUGGUAGCCCUGUUGUCUCAGGGAACAGAAGACUCACUAAGGAUUUUGACGGAAGGCAUGUUCGAAAAGUCUUCAGAAAACCCCAAAUAAAUCACUGUGCACAUGUACUUCUCAAAUACAUCUCUCGCCCUUCCUUGUUUCUCCUCUCCUCCUCAUUGUUUUUCUCUGCGGUCACGUGGCCCUCCCACCGGCCUUCGAUGGUUCUGGUACCCGAAAUGGUGCUGUGCCCAUCCACAGUACAUCCUGGACUCUCUUUCUUGAGUGAAUCAGUCCUCAUGUUUUCAUCUGACACGUUCAUCCAAACAUUGCCCCACGUGACCUCACAACGGUGCAGUGGGGUAUUAUUAUCUGGUCUACUUUGCAGGCGAGGAAGCUCAGGCUCGGGAAGGCUAAAGGGCUCCUGUCUGGGCAGCUAAGUAAUGCUGGGCAGAACCAGGAUCCAAACUCCCUUUUUCCAUUCCACCAGGCUUUCAUCUGAGGCUCAGCAUGACCCUGUGAAGUCGGAGUGACAGAGAUGAGGCCCACGAAGGCAGUGUGGUGUGUCGGGGCCACACACACAGCCCUGAUCAGAUGGCGGUCUCCGUUCUCAUGCCCUUAUCAUGCUUAUUAUCAGAACACGUACUUAAAUCGGACCCACCGCUGUGUGUAGUUGUCUGCCGAACAUUCAUUAGGUCAGUCAAGCUUUUUCUACGGAAGGGGUCUCAGGUGAUGGAAUAACAUUCUCCAGACGAGAGCGGGAAAGGAUAGAAAAUAGAGACAUGGAGGAGGCGAAGAGAAUGAUGCCCCUAAAGCUGUCUGUAGUUUGACGACGCUUCUGUUUACGUGGGUGUCGGGGCCCGGUGCGGCUGGAGGCCGAAGCAGACUGCUGGAGCAGCAUUAUCACUCAGCGUUAGGGGCCUGUUUAUUGGAUUCAGCAUAAUAAUAAUGAUCAUGGACUUGUGAGUAAGAGAAGCCUUGGUUCCCCCCAGCUCUGCCACGUGGACAUGUUACUAAACCUCCCAAGCCUCUUUCUGCAUCUGUGCAUGGGAUCGUACGCGUACCGUUUUAGAGCUGUAAGGAUUACAGCGGCACUGGCUCACAGUCCAGGCUAAGAGAGGCAUUAGGCGCACUAAGACGCAGAUGGACAAGUGAACCCUGGCGGAUGCGCUUUCUAGGAAGAAGGAACCGCAGGAGUCUUGCUUGGGUCUCCCUGAGUUUCCCAUUUCUACACUUUUGGCUGCAAUAAUCAUACAGAUCAUUCUUCCUCCAAAAAAAAAGUUUCGAGUUAGCCAAAGUCGCAGAUUCUGAGCUAUCAAGUCAUUGACUCUUAGUGAGGAUACUGGGCCCAGCAAUUCACACCUGCACAAUUAGUCUUCAGGCUGAGCCCUUUUACAAGAUCCAGCCAUGAUUACACCGACCUGGCCUGCUGGUGGAGCAUUGCUUAGGCUUUAUGAGAACCUCAUCAUAGCCGUAGAGCCUUCUAGAGCCUCGCUCCUCAGAGUGUGGUCUGUGGACCAGCAGAGUCAGCAUCGUGUGGGAUGCAGAAUCGCAGCCUCACUUCGGACAAGUUGACUCAGAACUUGCAUUUUCACAAGAUAUUCCCUCCCCCACCCCCCACCUGUGAUUUGACUGCACUUGAAAGCUCACAAGCACUGAUGUACAGACUUCAUCUGCCUGCAGAAGAGGGACCAGGCCUGCAGUGGGCACUGCUCUUCCAGAUGUGCGAUUUAUGUGUCAGAACCCACUAUGGCUUCCUCUUUUCUAAGUAUCUGAGACUUUAUUUUAAAUGUUGACCAGGAGAAGAGGGCUGGGACUGCAUUGGAGGUUCCCAGUGCUGAAGGAGAGGGUCACCCAGAAGGCUAGGAGAAAACCAGAUGAGCCUGAUGGUCUGGGAGCCCAGAGCAGAGGCCUUCCGAGCACAUUGCGUCCGUCCUCUUCCCACACUGACGAGUGCACAUGGACCCUCCUGCCUUCCUCCCAAACAUGCUCACUGUUCCCACAGAGCUGUUGUUUGCUAGGUAGACCCGAGCCCGAGCCCCAGACACUGAGGACAGGCAUUGUCAUCAGAGGGAUGGUGACGGCAAGCAGCAGGAAAAUAUUGUGCAAUUGUAACCACACAAGCUGCUAUGAAAAGAGGAAGUAACAGACUGGGGCGAGGAAGGAUCAGAAGCUCAAGAACAAAGGGAAAUUUCAUCAUGGACAUGGACCACAGUGUGGGGGGUUCGGAAGGAGAGCAGGUGCCCUCGGACAAAGCACAGACACCAGAGCCUGCAGAGCCCGGAUCACUCACCGGGACUCACCCGAUACCCUGUAUCGCGUAGCAGCUGUUCUCCUGACCCAGAAAACGGCAUAUCCUUUACCACCUGCUCAUGGCUCUUCACGAACUUGGCUCUUCCGUUGGCACCUGAUGGGUCUGCCUUUACCAAGGGAGGUUUUGCUGGCUACUGCAGACAGUGUAGUUCAGCAGGGUCACUGUAUUCAUAUUUAUUGAGAGCCUGCUCUAUGCUAAGUAUGUGCUUAGCAUUUUUAAUUUUCUCUUUAAUCCUUACAAUAUCUUUUUAAGCAAAUAUAAUGAACAUUCUUUUUUACAAAUGAGAAGACAAAAACUUGAAAAAAGUUAAGCGAUUGCUCAAGCUCACAUAACUAGUGAGUGGCGGUCUCAGGACUUGAACCUGGACCAGGGGACAACUCCUGUGUCUUUAUGCUCUUGCUGUUGCAUUUGGUCAACAGAGACAUGGGAGUUGCCUCCGCAUCCUCCUCCUGUGUCCAUGGCAGAUGCUGCUAAUUGAUCUUGGUGCUUGUACCUCUUGAGCUACGACUAUGAAUAAAAGCACAGGCUACACACAGAGAGGUAGAAACCAUGAUCCGUGCUCUCAAGAAAUUUUGGUCUGACGUAGGAGAAAGUGUUACAGCAGUAGAAGAGCAACCUAAGGCUAUGAAAAUACCCCAGUCAUGAGUGCUAAAAAGAUUCUGAUAAGCUUGUAAAUCAUUGGAGAUAUAUCUAUCCAUCUCCUUUUGUCUGUAAGCUGGCCUUUCCCCCACUUUUUGAUUCUUUAGAUUUAUUUUCCACAUUCUAGAUAUUGCUCAUUCAUUCCAUCAAUAAAUAAUCUUCUCUCUAUCUGAGGGCACAGCAUGGAGCAAGGCCAAGUUCCCACUCUCAUGGAACUUGAUGUCUAGUUGGGAGAUUAGACAAGAAGCAAGCAAGGGCCCUGGCAGGUGUAGCUCAGGGGAUUGAAUGCUGGCCUACAAACUGAAGGGCUGCUGGUUUGAUUCCCAGUCAGGGCACAUCCCUGGGUUGUGGGCCUGGUCCCCAGUUGGGGGCGUGUGAGAGCAACCACACAUUGUUUCUCUUCCUCUUUUAAAAGGAGAAAAAAAGAAGCAAGGGCACACACGUGCACAUGCAUCAGCUGGUCCUAAGUGUGGUGGAAAAGGGAAGCAGGGAAGAAGGACAGAGGGGAUGGAGCGUUGCUUUACGUAGGGUUGUCAAGGAAGGGCCUUCUGAAAAGGCGGCAUUUGAGCUGAACGGAGAAGAGACCGGGGAAGCCGACAGGAUACGGCCAAGGGCACCCCAGGCAGAGGAAACAGGAAGAGCAAAGGCCCUGGGCAGGGUGGUGUAUACAGUGUGUCGUUGGAAGAGCCAAGAGGCCAGUGCGGCUGCACAGUGUUAGAGCCGGACAGUCCGUGGCCUCGUAGUUGUGGGUAAGGACUGGGGUUCUUCUCCAAGGGCAGUGAAAAGCCCCUGGAGAGGGCUGAGCAGAGUGGUGACAUGGUCAGACUUGGGCAGUAAGACGAGCACCUGGCUCUGGUAUGGAGACGAGAAUGUGGGGCAAAGUCUGGUGUUAGGAGGCAAGCCCAGCAGUGCUGGCAGGAGCCGGCGAUGGCUUGAACCAGGAUGACAGUGCUGAGGAGGCGACAGGUGGCUGGAUUCCAGGUCUGUCAUGAAGCUGGAGCAGCCAGGGUUGUGGGCAGAUUGAAUGUAGAGUGUCAUGGGCCGAACUGUGUCCCCAAAUGUCCGUAUGUUCAAGUCUUAACCCCUGGUACCUCAGAAUGGGAUUUUAUUUGGAGAUACGGACUUAACAGAGGUCAUUGAAAUAAAGCGAAGAAGUCACUGGGGUGGCUCCUAAUCCAGUAUGAUUGGUGUCCUCAUAAGAAGAGGAAAUUAGGACACAGAUGCACACAGAGUGAGGGCCACGUGAAGACACAGGGAGAAGGGCGGCCGCCUGCAAGUCAAGGACAGAGUCCUUGGAAGAAAGCAACCCUGCCAACACCUGACCUCAGACUUCUAGUCCCUAGAACUUGAGAAAAUAAAUUUCAGUGGUUUAAGUCAUGCAGUGUGUGGCAUUUUGCUAGGGCCGCCCUUGAAAACUAAUGCCUGGGGUGUGUGUGUGUGGGGGGGGGUCAGAGAUGAUGCCUGUUUCUUGUCGUGGUUAGAAAAGUUCAGGAGUCGGGCCUCUUCUUUACCCCGCUCGGAGGCACCAGGAGAGGCUGUCCUGUUGGGCUUUGCCACAGAGUGUUUUCUAGAGCACUGAACACCUCUACCAUCGCCGAAGACCCCAGGGAAAGAGUGUGACCCAGACUGGUGCAGUUAUACAAGGAGGAGCGGCCCACACCGGCGUGAACGCGUUUUGGUGCCGGCACCACACUGAGCCAUGUGGCCCACUGCUCCUGGUUUCCAGGAGGUCCCGCAGGGCUGCUGUGAGCUCUCCAGUGCCCACGUGUUUCUGGAUCUCCAACGGGAAGGCCCCUUUCAUGUGUGAGAGCUCCCUCUCUCUAGGAAUCUACUGCGCAGCCCCUCGGAACCUGUGCGGGGACACAAUUUGAACUUCACCUGCUGAGCUUCGUCAGUGCCAGCCCAGCCUCAUCAUGGGUCUGCCCGCUUCAAGCUGGCGAUCCUGGCUUUCCUUCCACCGGUGCUCUGCCCUCUUCUGGAACGCUGACCCCCGACUGCAGUUUUCUUGAGCCUGUUGCAGUGGAUUUAAGGACUUGCAGACCUGUAUCAAGGGUCAGCAGACUAUGGCCGGGCACCUGUUUUUGUAAGUGAAAUUUUAUUGGAGUCCAGCACAUUCGUUCAUUUACAUAUUGCCCAGGCCGACUUCCCAGCACCUCAGCUGCAGAGAGUUGCUGCUACAGAGGCUUUAUGGCCUGGAAAGUGGAAAAUAUUCACUAUCGGAUCCUUCACAGUACAAGCGUGCCAGCCCCUGCGAUGGGUUUAGGUAGCUAACUCUCACUGAGUGGGUAAGACGAUGGGAAACAUGGCUACGAAACCAAGACGGACUUCGGAUUGACAAUAAUAUUAACAUUGCAAUAAAAAGGACAACAAGGAAACACCAGGACUGAUAGUCUCCCACCCAUGGUAGGAACUGCUUGCCAGGUAAAAUGGCUAUCCUCUAACUCAGGUCCCCAACCUUUUCGGCACCAGGGACCAGUUAGCUUGCUCUUCCUCUACUAACCUCCUGCUGUGUGGCUGGGUUCCUGACAGGCCAUGGACCUGUACCAGUCCUGGCCCGGGGGCUGGGGUCCUUCAAGAAGUUAGGGGGCGGAGAGAGAGAGGAGAGAGACAGUGGAUGGAGUUGAAGGAGAGUGAGAAAUGGACAGACAGACAGACAGAUAGAAGAUAGAUACAAAGAUAGAGUGAGUUGUGGCUACAGGUUACACGGUCAUAUUUUAAAAUGCUGGGGUACAUUUUCCCCCUUUAAAUAUCACUUAUCUAGCACUUUUUAUGGCCAAGCACUGUUCUUAGGGCUUCACAUAUAUUAACUCAUUUAGUUCUCAAAACCACCCUAAGCGGCAUAUUAUAAUUUUCCUCAUUUUAGAGCUAAAGAAACAGGCACAGAGACGUAGUAAUCUGCUCAAAGUCAUACAGUGAGUAAGAGGCAGGUGGGCUUGAAUCCAAGCAGUUGAUUCCAGAGGUUGUGAUUUUAAACUCAUCACGAUACUGCUUUUCUUGAUUAUGAAAACAAAGGCAGGAAGAAGCUCUGCCUCAGUGGUUAGCCCUUUGGACACGACUUGGCAUCCCAGCUACCAGCCGUCAUCCCAAACCCUGGCUCAUGGUGAAAGAAUUGGGAGACCACUCCUUGAAAACACUUUGACUUUUAAAUUUCGAGCUUCAUGCCCGGGGUGAAUCCAGCAAACUUAGAGAGUAGCUGUGAAACAGGUCCUCAGCACAAGGCCUGUUUGCCCAUGGAGGCCCAUGGGGCGUCGCUGAGAUUUCAGUGAGCUGGGAAGCAGAGGUGAGCCGGUGUCACAGUUCUGAGCGGCCAGGACAGCUGUCCUCUGUCGAGAGCUCGGGCUCCUAGCGGAGGCCGAGGGUCUUGGCUGGACUCUCAAUGGAGAGUCAGAAUCCUUUCCCAUCUACCCCCUCUCUGGGCCUGUUUUUCCAUCUGUAAAAUGAGGGAGCUCAACUGGGUGGUUUCUAAGAGCUCUUCAUGUGUUAAAAAUAGUCUGACUCUAACCUUGACCAGAGUGGCUCAGUUGGCUGGGCAUUGUCCUGCAACACUAAAGAGCAUAGGUUCGAUUCCUGGUCAGGGCACACGCCUGGGUUGCGAGUUUGGUCUCUGGUUGGGGCAUGUGCAAGAGGCAGCUGAUUGAUAAGUCGUUCACACAUCGAUGUUUCUCUCCCUCUCUUUCUUCCUCUUUCCCCUUCUCUCUAAAAAAUAAGUUGAAAAAUCUUUUAAAAUAUUUUGAUUCUAGAUUUAAUGAAGUGGAGAAAAUAUUCAUACCAUUUUAAUUUAUGGGGGGAUUCUUUAUAAAACAUUAUGUUUGACUUUUGCAACUUUUUGUUUAAAAAGCACAGGUAGCAGAAUGGAGGUAUUUAUCUUCUUCACCCCUUGGUCUUCCCCUUCCCCCCUCUGCUACUGGGAGAGGGUCUCUUAGAAAAAGUAUUCAUUAGGACUCUUUGUCAGGCAGGUGGUCUCUUCCAAGGGACUGGAACAGUGCUGUUGGCCUUCCGGAACAGAGCCACAGUUCUCCAGGGGAUGUGACCCCAAUGGGCAAAGGGUCUCAGCAGCUUCAAACAAACAGUGUUGAGCAGGGACCCUGAGGGGAGAAGCGAGGGGCAGGCAAAGAGUGUUUAGAAGCAUCCUCAGCACUUCUGAGUGCUCACGAUCUGUACAGAGCAAGGCAGAGUUCUGCUCAGGGUCUGUCUGUGUCCUUGCAGACCCGAAGGACGGGGCAACACAGUGCCGUGCUGAACGUUUUUAAAGGGUGUCUGCCUGUAAACGCUGUCUCUCUCUGCCUGGUUGGAUACUUCUAGGUGACCUUUGUUUUCCUGCAUCGUGCUUUUCUAUACUUUCUAAUAUUUCUACACUAGACAUGGCACUGCUUAUAUGAUAAAAAUUGUGUUUUGAAAUAGUAGGAUCCUCUGAAAUGUGUCUAAUACCCUGGUACCAUACUCAGCAGGAGAUGAGUGCCUGUUGACCCCUUGGCUCCUUGCAAAUCUGAAACCGUGGGACCGCUCUGCUCGGGCAGGGACUGCUGCUUCCCAAACGAGGCAGACAUUGAAAGGAUUAUUUUGCUCUGUAGAAGUUCUCUGAAUUGUGGGUCUUUUUUUUUCUGGCCAGAGUGUACUCCCUCAGGGGAUGGUUCCGCACAACGUGUGGUGAGAUGCUGUUCAGAAGGUCUACCCAUGAGCUGGCGAAAGGUAGACCUGAGAAUCCUGAACUUCCGAACUGAAAUAGUUCGGUGCUCUGUGAACCUGGAUUAACGUGCCAGUAGAUAGGACCUAUCCUUAGUUAAUGGGUGUGUGGGAAAUAGGAUGCACUUAGGAGGUUCCAAAUUUCUGGAUGGCUGAGGUUUAUUCAGAUUAUUAUUAGUAUUAAAUCUUUCCCCAUCACUAUGUCGUAUCCCCCCAUACCCUCUUCCACCUCCACCCACUGCUUCCUCACCACAGUCACCACGUGUUGUCCAUGUCCAUGAGUUCUGUCUAUGUUUUUCUUUUUUCUCAAUUUUCCCACCGCCAGCACUCCCUCCAACCAAGCUGUCUGAGCCCACAUUUUAGAAAAAACCGUCUAAAACUCACCUGCCUGAUUUUUGGCCUUAUUGGAUUCCAAAUAGUGAAUUCAAUGGAUUUCUUCUUCCAUUGGAGUCUUGCAAACUACAAGACCACUCUGUUGCAGGCCUCUCUCUCCCUCACUGUCCCUUGUUCUCUCUCUCUCUCUCUCCCUUGCUCUCCUUCUCUCUCUGGUUUGAAGCUGAGGAAAAGCUAGUGACCAGGCAUCUCUGGACCUCAGUCUCCUCAUGUGAAAAGGAGGCGUUUAAUUCAAUUUCAAAAGUAUCUUCAGCCUCUGAGAUUCCAGAGCAGACAGUUUGCUGAUGGAGACUCAGGCAAGCAUGGGUGCUCGGAAUUGUGUCAUUUGAUGGGUGAGUCAGUCUAGGGCAUCGGGAAGAUAAUGCCUUUACAAUCAACAUGAGGGUACAGGCGAUUAAGAAACACAUUUAGCUGACAGCUUGAGUGUCUGUUCCAUUCGGAGGAUAUAUGCCUUAAAAGGGACAGGGUGACUCAUGUGCCAGCGGCAACCUGAUGAGCCAGAGCUAUCCACUUUCCUUGCUUUGAUUCCAGGCAACUCAAAGCGCCUAAUUUGGUUUUCUGAGGCAGAUUCCCUGGGCAUGAGGAUGGCAGGCUAUGGCAAUUGAAAACUGACACUCUUUUGUGGAAGCAGAAUUGGAUCACAUAUGAGAAAAAGCUGUAAAAUUAUAUUAUGUAGCAGUCAAUGCAAAGGGAUGUCAUCCUUGAUAAUAUCAUCAUUACUUCUGAGUCAUUCUCAUGCUGAUUUGGUUAGUAGCCUUUGAAUCAUUUCUUAGAGCCAGUAAGCCCUGGGUAACUUGGUAAAUAUGGAAAUUCUGUAUCGGCAAGGCUGAUCAGAGGUGAAAAUCACCAACAUUUACAUAGUGCUUUACAAUUUUCAAAAUGUUUUUGCAAGUGAUAUCCUAGUAACUCAGAGAGAGGGGGCCCAGUAUUUUCCCAGUGUCUGUUCAGGAAGCCUCAGUAUUAUGGCGGAGCUAGGAAAGGUCUGGGCUGGUCAUCCAGCCCAAGUGCAAAACAUAGUGCUGCUGUUUCUGAAGGGGGUGUGUUCUCCCAUCCAAAAUACCUCUCACACAUAGACUCACACAUGCUACGUGGGAUCUGUGCCCAGUGGCACAACUGAAGCAGGGAUGAGAAGCAGAAGGCAGAGAAGAAAGCCAAAUGCCAAUCUGUUCUUGAGAUCCCGGAACUGCUUCUCUUCUCCUCUUCAAAUGUUGCUCAAAAGCACACAGGGCCUUUCCACAUGGCUGCCCCACGGCCGGGUCUAUUCAAUCUCCUUGAGCCCCAGACUCGGGUUGAAUCUGCUUGCUGCAGUGUGGAAAGUAUUGUCUUUUAAGAUGGAAUCUUGAAGAUAUCAGGUGCCUACCUGUAUUUCCCUGGAAGUUUUAUCUGGAUGCUCCUGCUGAGGAUGGCUAGGUACCCUCAACUGUGAUGGUCCUUCCAGGGCAGCACGCCCAACCUAACCCACCUGGGACUCUGGGCAUCUCAGCCACUGGAGCUGCCAGUCUCAGAUUACAGGGGAGGAGAGAUACCCGCACUUCAGGCUCUCUGUGCAAUGCAAACCUGAACUCUCCCAUCCGCUGCUGUGAGACUGCUCCAGAGUGGAACCUUUGUGCCCAGGCCCUUCCCAUUCACGGGGGGAAGUCGUACUGCCUCUCUGGGAACUUAUAGAGGCUCAGAAAAGAGAUGAACUGGUCCCAUUCCUGCAUCUCCUUUUGUUGGAUUUACUUUGCUGCCUUCAGACUGAGAGUUGCAGAAACAGCAGAUGGAAAAUAUGCUCAGAAGUUGUUCAAUGACCUUUUUGAAGAUUAUUCCAGUGCUCUUCGUCCAGUAGAAGAUACAGAUGAGGUCCUGAAUGUCACACUGCAGAUCACGCUUUCUCAGAUCAAGGACAUGGACGAAAGAAACCAAAUUCUGACUGCCUAUUUGUGGAUCCGCCAAAUCUGGCAUGACGCAUAUCUCACGUGGGAUCGAGAGCAGUAUGACGGACUGGACUCCAUCAGAAUCCCCAGCGACCUGGUGUGGCGGCCGGACAUUGUCCUGUACAACAAGGCUGACGAUGAGUCUUCCGAGCCUGUGAAUACCAAUGUGGUCCUGCGAUACGAUGGGCUGAUCACCUGGGAUGCACCAGCCAUCACCAAAAGCUCCUGUGUGGUGGAUGUUACCUACUUCCCCUUCGAUAACCAGCAGUGCAACCUGACCUUUGGCUCCUGGACCUACAAUGGCAAUCAGGUGGACAUCUUCAACGCCCUGGACAGCGGAGACCUCUCCGACUUCAUCGAAGAUGUGGAGUGGGAGGUCCAUGGCAUGCCUGCGGUGAAGAAUGUGAUCUCCUAUGGCUGCUGCUCAGAGCCGUACCCCGACGUGACAUUCACCCUCCUUCUGAAGAGGAGGUCCUCCUUCUACAUUGUCAACCUUCUCAUCCCAUGCGUCCUCAUAUCUUUUCUGGCUCCCUUGAGUUUUUAUCUCCCGGCAGCCUCUGGGGAAAAGGUCUCCCUGGGCGUGACCAUCCUUUUAGCCAUGACUGUUUUUCAGCUCAUGGUGGCAGAGAUCAUGCCGGCCUCAGAAAAUGUCCCUCUCAUAGGAAAAUACUACAUAGCUACGAUGGCCUUGAUCACAGCCUCCACUGCCUUGACCAUCAUGGUGAUGAAUAUCCACUUCUGCGGGGCCGAGGCCCGGCCAGUGCCCCCCUGGGCCAGGGUGGUCUUCCUGAAGUACAUGUCCAGGAUGCUGUUCGUCUACGAUGUGGGUGAGAGCUGCCUUAGCCCCUGCCGCGACAGGGAGCGGGACCACCUCACAAAGGUGUAUGACAAACUUCCAGAGCCUAAUCUGAAUGUAGCCAGGAACAAAGGCCUUCCCAGAAAGAAGGAGAUGAACAGACUUGUAAAGAAUGACUUGGGGUGCCGGGGAGAGACCCCGCAGGAUGCCGACAGCUACUGUGCACGGUUCAAAGUGCUGACCAGGAAUAUCGAAUACAUCGCCAAGUGCCUCAAAGACCACAAGGCCACCAAUUCCAAGGGGAGUGAAUGGAAGAAGGUUGCGAAAGUCAUAGACCGAUUCUUCAUGUGGAUAUUUUUCAUUAUGGUGUUUGUGAUGACUAUUUUGAUCAUAGCAAGGGCAGAUUAGCAGGUAUUUGGUAUGGGGGGAUGAAUCAGUAGAAUUCCCUGUGAUCUACUCUAAUAAUUCUUCCAAGAAAUAUAUAUAUGAUAUAAACACAAACUAUAUAUAAUAUAUAGACACAAAUAUAUAUAAUUAAUAAUUUAGGUGUUAUGUUGUCUUUAAUUUUUAACUUUAAAUCAAGAAAAAAAGAGAAAACUCAUGGGCACA